CUGAAAUCUCUGAAAACAUGACUUAUUUUAACUUGCUUCACUGACACGAGAUGGCUGUCUGUUUAACUACAUUAGUGUUUUCGUCUUUUUAAAGAAAAUUUCUAGGAUUUUGUGUUAAAAAGUAUUCUUUCACAAACGUAAUUAUUCACAAUAAAGAAAUGUCAACUUUACAGAAAGCUAUUGAAUUAGUUACAAAAGCUACAGAAGAAGAUAAGAAAAAGAAUUAUGAUGAAGCUCUCAGAUUAUAUGAACAUGGCGUAGAAUAUUUUCUUCAUUCUAUUAAAUAUGAAGCUCAAAGUGAUAAAGCUAAAGAAAGUAUCCGUGCAAAAUGUGCUCAGUACUUAGAAAGAGCUGAGAAAUUGAAAAAAUAUUUAAGAGAUAAGCAGAAAACAAAGAAACCUGUUAAAGAUGGAGAAUCAGGUGCAAAAAAACGUAAGAAAAAAGAAAAAGAAGACAAUAAUAGUAGUGAUAGUGAUGAAGAUCCUGACAAGAAGAAGCUGUUAAAUCAAUUAGAAGGUGCAAUUGUGAUAGAGAAGCCUAAUAUUCAGUGGUCUGACGUAGCUGGUCUAGACGGAGCUAAAGAAGCACUAAAAGAGGCUGUCAUUUUACCUAUAAAAUUUCCCCACUUAUUUACUGGUAAACGAAAACCAUGGAAAGGGAUUUUACUUUAUGGGCCUCCUGGUACUGGAAAGUCAUUUCUCGCUAAAGCUGUGGCUACUGAAGCAAAUAAUUCUACAUUCUUUUCUGUUUCUUCAUCGAAUUUGGUGUCUAAAUGGCUUGGCGAAAGUGAAAAGUUAGUGAAAAACCUUUUUGAAAUGGCCAGGCAGCAGAAACCAAGUAUAAUAUUUAUUGAUGAAAUUGAUUCUUUAUGUAGUUCUCGUUCUGAUAAUGAAUCAGAGUCUGCUAGACGAAUAAAAACAGAGUUUUUGGUUCAAAUGCAAGGUGUCGGUAAUGAUAUGGAUGGCAUACUUGUUUUAGGAGCUACAAAUAUACCUUGGGUUUUAGAUGCUGCUAUUCGCAGAAGGUUUGAAAAAAGAAUACAUAUUCCUCUGCCAGAUGAAAUUGCCAGAUUAGCUAUAUUCAAACUAAGUAUUGGUAACACACCAAAUAGUUUGAAUGAAACUGACUUCAAAACUCUAGCAAAGAAAACAGAUGGGUUUUCUGGAGCAGAUAUUGCUGUUUUAGUUAGAGAUGCUCUCAUGCAACCAGUGAGGAAAGUACAGUCCGCUACUCAUUUUGUGAGAGUCUCAGGUCCUUCUCGCUCUGAUCCCAAUGAAAUAGUUUCUGAUCUACUGAAACCUUGCUCUCCUGGUACACCUGGUGCUAUUGAAAUGUCUUGGGUUGAUGUACCUGGUGAUAAACUGCUGGAACCUGUUGUAACAAUGAAAGACAUGUUAUUAUCACUUGAAAGUUCCAAGCCCACUGUAAAUGAUGUAGAUUUGGAAAAACUGAAAAAGUUUACAGAUGAUUUUGGUCAAGAGGGCUAGGAUUAUGUGGCCUUUAAAUGAUUGUUAUAUAUUGUAAAUUUUGAAGAUGACGUCCAUGAAAUGUUGAGCACUUAGUUUAAUCGAGCAUCGUCACAUGGAGUAUAUAUUAUGAAUAGUUAGCAGCGAUAUCCUUCUACUAAAGAAAAAAGAGUUUUCAUUUGCAAUGUAGAUGUUCAAAUUUUGUGAUUAUCAUUCAGGACUUUUUUUUCUUUUCAACUUCAGAAGAUAUUUCAGAAGAUUUGGUAUCACUCUGAAAUACUCUGUGUAUUUAUUUUACAUACGAAACUGCUGAAAACUUUUAUUGUUAUUAAUUUUUUUUAUAUAAACAAACUUGAUUUGGCUUAUAUUUCACUUUUGCUUCAUUUAAUAAAGAACUGAAUAUUUUAAGGUUUUUAAAUGUGCUUACCACCUAUAAUUGAUAGGUCCUUGUGAUUUUAUUUCUUCAAACUAAUGUUAAAUUCAUUGUUAUUGCUUCAAUUCCUUUAAAUUUUGACCUGUAUUUAAGAUAAUGCUAUAAUAAAGUGUCUAUAUAUUUCUAAAUUUGUCUUUUGGUU